AUGUCGCUUGACCGCUUCGUCCUUAUCGUGGCGUUGUUGCUGACGCUCUCGGCGGUCAACGCCGCGCUUCAUACAUCUCGGACGAUUGUAGCAACACGCCUGCAACAUUGUCUCUCUCAAGCGGGCAUCGACUUCAUCUCAGCCGAAACUAGUUCAGCAGAGGUCUAUUACCAAGCAUCUGCUUCGGACAAUGUCGUCUUUCACUACAAUCCUACGUUGAUCGCUUAUCCUAAUUCAACAUCUCAUGUGCAGCAGACUGUGCUGUGUACAUCUAAACAUUCUGAUGCUGCCAUCGCUGCGCGAAGUGGAGGUCAUUCGUUUGCAGGCUUUGGAAGUGGUGGCAGAGAUGGGUCGGUUGUCAUCGAUCUCGCUCGUCUCAACUCUGUUGCUUCACAUCCAGAGACGGCUACCGUCCAAGUCGGUCCUGGUGCUCGUCUAGGAGAUGUAGUAAAAGGCCUGUGGCAUCAAGGUGGUGCUCGCCGCGCCAUGUCCACAGGCACAUGUGCCGCCGUAGGUGUCGGUGGGCUCAGUCUCUGUGGCGGCUUUGGACCCAUGUCAAGAAAGUGGGGCCUCACGACCGACAAUAUCCUAGAAGCUGACCUUGUGCUGGCCAAUGGAACCAUGGUCACCAUCUCCGAACACACACAUCCGGAUCUUUUAUGGGCGAUACGUGGAAGCGGCUCAUUCUUCGGAAUCGUCACUCGCUUCCUGUUCAAAUCAUACGACGCUUCGAGCCCUGUUGUCUCUUUCGAGUACCGAUGGACACCGUCUCUAGACAAGGCAGACCAAGCCGUCGCAGUUAUGCUGGCAGCUCAAGCCCUAUCCCUACAACGAAAACUAUCCAACGAUCUCGGCCUCCACGUUCAGCUGCGCAAGCCUUCGCAGAGCGACCCGCAACCUUCUGAUGGUCGUCCAGUGUCAAUCGAGAUCAAGGGCAUCUAUCUCGGUCCAGUGGCGGAAUGGGACAGGCUUCAAGCAAAGCUGAAAGAAGAGCUCAGCUCUAACGCUGCACCGCAGCCAGACACCGAACUUGUGACAGUUGGCAGCUACCUCGAGCUCAUGCGAGAUUGGGAUGACUUUGGUAAGGGUGAGCACAAACUCGACACUCAAGCGAUACACAAGCAGCAUAAUAACUUUGUCACAAAGUCGUCACUCACUCUAGAACGCAAGAAGGGCUUUUCCAAGCAAGCUUUGCGACCCCUCUUCGACUACUUAUGGGAGACGAGCUUGACAGCGGGUCAGGACGUGGAGCUACCGGACGGCAGGCAUGUCUUUUGGGCCUGGAACAUCUACUUUGAGCUUUUUGGUGGCGGAAGCCCGGCUCAUGCCCAAGAGGCUGCCAAACAACGGAGCAGCUUUCCGCAUCGCGACGGCCUUUGGCUGAUUCAAUCUGCCGUCGGUACUCUCGCACACAUGGAUCUGGCUCGCUCCGGCCAUGCCUAUGCCCGCCAGCUCGAUGCACACAUCAAUCGCGCCAUCGAAAUCUCCCGUCUGGGCCGCGGUGGCUACUCAUGCUACGUCGAUGCCGAGCUAGAGGAACAAGAGUGGAAACAGUUAUACUAUGGCUCUUCCAUACCGCGCCUCGAAGCUAUCAAAAUGCAGGUCGACCCAGACAAUCUGUUUCGCAACCCGCAGACGCUGGGCAGCCGCAAAGAGAUUCAGGCGAGGCGGUACACAGCGUAG